AUGUCGGCUGGGCUGUCGGUUCGCGGGGGCCCCUGGCAGCCUGUGGUGCAGCUCGCGGAGCGUGUGCACGCCGUGCGCUGCUGCACGUCACCGCUGGCCAAGACGCUUGUAGCGAUCGUCACGGACCAUAGCGUGGCCGUCUACGCGACGCACACCGACGACACGCGCCUGCGCUUGGCUCCUGUCGCGUCCUUCUUUGUCGGGAGCGCCGCAACGGCGCUUGCGUUCAGCCCUGGUGCACAGUACGGCAAUGAAGACGGAGUGGAAAAGAUUGAACUUGUGAUUGCCGCCGGCGACGAGCUGCGGCUCUUGUCGCACAGCGCGCACGGGACGUCGAGCACGGUCCUCGGCACGACGUCUGCGCGCAUUAACGACAUGGCCUGGUGCGCUACGCCCGGCUAUGAACAGUACGUUGCGUGCGCCGCGCAGGACGGCGCCGUGCAGCUCUGGGACCUCGAGCCUACCCAAGGCACGCCGGCGUGCCAUACGCUGCGUCUCGGCGCGUCGAUCCAGACGGUCGCCUUCCACGCCAAGGUUCCCAAGCUGCUCCUCGCGGUGGAUGCGAGCGGCGUCGGCCGCCUCAUCGACUGGCUCGCCUCGAUGUCGAACGGCGCGCACGAGGCGCAGACGACCAUGGCGUUUGCGGACCCUAGCGCGGUUGCGCUGCACGCCGCCCAAGGCGUCUGUACCGCAGGCCGCGCGGCGUGGCAGGCACAGGACCCCGACGUGAUCGGUGCGCUGCUUGGCACGCACUGGAGCGUGUGGAACGUCGGCGCACGGAGCGCGCACCCCACGCGCCCCCUGUCGAGCGGCACGCUCGCCGCGAGCGCGCUCCCCGGCCCUGGCGGCUUUGCCUUUUCGCCGACCAACUCGCGGCUGUUUGCCGUGUACGCCCCUGCGCUGAGCCCUGCGCUCGUCGCGCAGAGCGGUGCAGGGAGCGCUUCCCACGGCACGGUGCACAUCUACGAUGCGGCCUUCCCCCAGAACCCCCGGCGGAUCGAGAUCCAGAGCCAGACGCCGCAGACACCGGCGGCCGUCGACCUGGCCACGACCGGCACCGGGGGCGGCGUGAGCACGCUGCCGUCGGCGUACAGUGUCGCGGGCCUUGACUGGCUCCCCCAGCGGGUGGGUGCAUACGAUGUAUUGUUGGUGGCGAUCGGCACGCGGAUCGUGCCGAUCCCUGCUGCUUAG